AUCCCUAAUUGGUACCUAUGAAAAGUUGCUCAAAAAAUUGUAAAAUUCGAAAAUUCCGAAAUAAUGUACACUAUUUGUUUUAAUUAGGAAACUAAAGGUUUUAAGAUCGCGCUUCGGGCUUCUAGUAAUCAUGUCCAUUACAACUCUGUAUUAUUUACAAUUGAAAAAAGAAAAUGCACACGAGGAUGCAAUUUGGUGUUGUACUUGGAGUAGGAUAGAACCCGAGAAACCGAAAGAAGGCGAAAAUGAUACAGAAAACGCAGAGGAAUUACAGGACUCUCAGAAGGAAUCCGCAGAAAAUUACAUUAUAACCGGUGGCUUGGAUGACUACAUAAAAGUGUGGCAAUUAGAUAACGGGAAACUAGAAAUUAAGCACCAGCUCGAAGGACAUUCUUUAGGAGUGAUUUCAGUUGCGGUUAGCCCCGAUGGGAAAACCUUAGCAAGCAGCUCACAGGAUUCAUCAUUGAUACUAUGGAAUUUGAUCUCGGGUGAAAAACUAAAAAUGUUUGAAACUGGACUCACCGACGUUUGGACUUUAGACUUUUCACCAGAUGGAAAACAUGUUAUUUCUGGAAGCAAUGCAGGGAAAAUACUCAUUUUUGGAGUUGAAAGUGGUAAACAGGAGCAAGUAUUGGACACCAGGGGGAAAUUCACUCUUAGUGUGGCUUACAGCCCUGAUGGGAAAUACAUUGCCAGCGGAGCCUUAGAUGGAAUUAUCAAUAUCUUUGAUGUGGCUCAAGGAAAAUUAGUACAUACCCUUGAAGGACAUGCAAUGUCUAUUAGAAGUUUAUGUUUCUCUCCAGAUUCACAGCUUUUAUUGACUGGCUCGGAUGAUGGUCAUAUGAAACUUUAUGAUGUAGUACAUGCUAAUUUAGCAGGUACAUUAUCUGGCCAUGCAUCUUGGGUGCUGUCAGUAGCAUUCUCUCCAGAUGGAAAGCGUUUUGUAUCGGGUAGUGCAGAUCGAACGGUGCGUGUGUGGGACUUAGAUAGCAUGCAAUGCCAACAUACGUUCAAAGAACAUAAUGAUCAGGUUUGGGGAGUGAAAUUUAAUGCUGAAAGUAAUAAAAUCAUAUCAGUAUCUGAAGAUAAGUGUGUGAACAUUUAUGAUUGUCCUCUAUAGAUGUUAUUUUUAAGUAAUGCGUAAUAAAUUAUUAUUAAGCAA